AUGUCUCAAUACGGCAGCGCUGCCAAUCUGAGCAGCUUCCGCGAGAGAACUGGAAGUCCAUCCUACGCAUCACUUGGCAAACAUAAGGUUCGGAAGGUUUUACUGCUUCAGACUUAUUAGCAUAUACACAGCAUCACACGAAAUCAACAACUCAGCCAUUUCAUAAUCCUAUGACGCAUUUGAUCUGAAACAAGUGCAUUCCUUGAAUCGUCUCCUCCAUUUUUUUCCUUUUGAUAUCAAAACAAGUCAAUCAUGAAGAACCUUAGACCCGAAACCCCUCUGACUGGGUGCGUAGGCGCAAAACAAAGCUCUCGGCAUUCCGUCGUUGUAAAGUCAGAAACAGAUAUCGCGAGAUGAGCCGGAGGGGGGAGAGCCAUCUCACCGAUCAAUAGUCAAUUCAAUGACGUCUCGAUCCGAUUUCAUUGCGUUUUUCGCGACCGACCCACGCCGGGAAAUAAAGAAUGAUGGGAGAGGAAUAGAAUCAAAGAAUUCGCAUUCCCAAAACUACUUUCAGGAUGACUAUAACCGUUUUGAAACUGCUCGUCAUGCUGUAAACAGCCGCUCGAACCGCUCGCAGACAAGCCAGGAGCGAGAGGAAGUUCGCUUCGGUGGCUUUGGAGACCGUGCUGGAAGCGGAGUUGAACUGUCUGGCUUCAACUGGUCUGGCGGAGAAGUGAGGGAAACCGGAGUUUGCGAAAAAAGUUGCCAAUCGAUUUCAGAUCAUCACUUCCCCAACUCAACUUCCGAGGGCUUUGAAGCCAAGAACUAUGUUCUACUCUCCAAUUGGAGACGGAACGGUUGCUGCCGACGGAUAUGAGCUCAAGAGGUUUGUUCUGCGUUGGGCUCACCCUACCAAGUUCAGAAUUUCAGACGUCCUAUGGAUUUGUCUCCAAAGGUUACUGUCACCCAACUUCAGCACAUCGAACGUGGUGCCAAGGGACAUGACGGAGUCAACAUCAUCGAGAAGAACUGGAGCACUGGCGGAUGUAACUUUUGAAAGUCCUUACCGUUAUAGAAUUUAAUUUCAGCGGUUCCACCAAGCGAGGCCGGAUUCGGAAGUGAAUACGGACCGGGAAGCGGAAGAAAUUCUCGUGCCGGAGGAGGUGCUUUCAGCCCAGAGCCAUUCCCAAAACCGGCAGCCAAUCUUGGCAACGGAAAGCCAGCUGCUCCACCAGCUGACUAUGGCUACCAACCAAAGUCUGGUAGGUUCUGAAAAGUUUCAAAAAGUACAAUUUUACGUCUUUCAAAGUAUCGUUCUCACCGUUUUCCACUUCUUCCCCUUUUGCGUGCUAUCCAAAAAGUUUUGAAAGCCGGAAUGCGCGAGGCUCUUUUCUUUCCCCAAUGCUCUAUUUAGAUGCUUUCCCAGCUCGCCCGGCAAGCGGACUUGGACUCGGAGGCGACGGAGGCGCCCCGUACGGAGGAUCGCAAUCAAACUUGGGACCGAAGGAUGGACGCAACAGCGGUAAUUUUGAGAACUCUUCCCCUAAAUGUAUUAUCCCUAUCUGUUAGACAUGUCUUCAGUUGUUUUCCUAUUUCUUUAUCAGAAAGUUACCGGAUGAGUUAAAAGUUGUUCGCUUAUAACGGUGAUGUUUCAGUUGCCUCUUCCGUCUUCUCCGACCCAUCUUAUCGUUUGGACACUAGAACUGGAUAUUUGAUCACCAAUCCACGUGAACUCAUUCACCAAUUCGCUACCAUGACCCCAGUGGCCACGAUUGACGAUAGCGUCAACAACACGCCGGCCACGACCACGGUUCAGAAGCACAGCUACUACAAGAGAACUGAGGAGACUACCGAGUGAACUUCUGUUUCAAAACAGGUUGUUAUUGUCGUUUUAUUGCAGAGAACAAUAUGCUCCGCACGCUCCGUACAAAGCAAACCACGCGGUUGCCUCACCAAACAAGUUUGUUCGUCAACUCCGUGAUGAUAGUGAGUUGCUAACAACGUUUUGCAUCAGGCAAAUACUAUUUUGUUUUCAGACCUGACUCACAGCCAGCGUGAGGCCAACACCCACACGGAUCCACUCAACAACAGAGAUCCUAACUUCAACCAGCGAUUCCAAGAGAUCCGGACCAAGAGCACCACGUACUCCAGGUUAGUCUUAUUUGCUUUUUUCUCAAAAAGUGCAUUUGUUUUCAGAGGAGGGGAUGAUAUCGACCAGCUGACGCAGCAACUUGUGAGCGGUUUGCAAACCGGAAAAUCACGAUACAACUGA